AUGUAUCACCUAGUGCCUUCACUGCUGCUCCUGCUCUGGCAAACUGCCGGAGCUUCAGCAGGUGGGAUCAUCGGCUAUGGAAUCACCAUGUACAAGCCCGUCUGCGCCUAUGCCUGUAGCGAUGCCCUGUCCUCGCUCUAUCUCAACUGUACGACUUUUAUGAGCCACGAUAGUAUGGAUAUGGCUGGCAUGAAGCUCAAGAAGCGGAUGGAUAUGGGCAGCGAGAUGAUGGGAAUGACGUCCGACGAAUGCUACGCCACCGAUCGCGUCUGGCAGGAGACUCUCGCCUACUGCAUGAAAGACAGGUGUGGAACCAUCGAUGGGGUGAGCGAGGAGAGGAUUGCCAAAGCCUACAGCAAGCUGUCGAAUUCGGACGCGGUAUACAGCGAAGUGCUCCCGGCCGAGCGCCCGGCAACAGAGCUGGACGCUGAUGCGGAGUGGUUGAAUGUCACGAGUCUUGUGAACUCCAAGCUCUACUUCGACAAUCGUCAGACGAGAUCCGAGUUUGAGUACCAGGAGACGAUGCAUGCGCGACUUUCGAUUGUCGUCUAUGUCCUGACCGUCGGCAUCGCGUUGGUCGUGGGUUACUUCGCGAGAUUCGGCCUGGCACGUCUCGUCCCCGUCGCCGUCUCUAAGCAUCUGGUUCUCCCAGCCCUCUUCAAUGGAAGACAUCAAGCCCCCCUCCCAGGCAACCUCGGCUACGCGCCCUCUCGCUUGCUCUCCUUCCUCAUCUUUCUCUACGUGCUCCUCAACAUCAUCUUUUCCGCCGUACCCUACAAAUCCGUCGCACCGAACGCUGAGAGCACGUGGUUCACGGCCAAGAAGAAUGAGAUCGCAACCUACGUCGCGAAUCGCACUGGUGUCCUCUCUUUCGCCAACUUGGGCAUCGCCAUCCUCUUCGCCGGUCGACUCAACCCCCUGAUCCUGCUCUCCGGGCUCUCGCAGAACGCGUGCCUCACUUUCCACCGCUGGGCCGCCCGCGUCUCGACCGCGCAGGCCAUCGUCCACUCGAUCAUCUACACCGUCACCUACUUCUGGGACGGUGGGAAGCAGGCGUACUACGACGAAGUGAAGAAGGCGUACUACUGGUGGGGCAUCGUCGCGACCGUUCUCAUGUCGCUCGGUCUGGCCUUCUCCAUCCUCCCCCUCCGAAAGGCUCAGUACGAGAUAUUCCUCGUCGCUCAUGUCAUCAUGGCUAUCAUGGUCCUCAUUGGCUGCUGGUACCACAUCGAACUCCGCUUUGGUACCUCUUGGGGCUAUGAAGUAUGGCUGUACAUCUGCAUCGCAUUCUGGUCCUUUGAUCGCCUGGCGAGAUUCGGACUGGCCAGAUACCGCAACAUGUGGGGUACGACGACGCAGGCCGUGGCCGAACUCACGCCGGGCGGGCACUUCAUCAAGCUCACCGUCUACCCGGGCAAGAAAUGGACCUUCGGACCCGGGCAACACGCCUUCCUGUUCUUCCCAUCGACCGGCCGCUUCUGGGAGAACCACCCUUUCUCCAUCGCCGCGUGGGACCACGGCUCCUCAUCAUCGUCAUCAUCAUCACCCUCCUCGCAGGUGACAGAAGAAGCCGCCUCCUCGCCGCAGCAGCGCGACCCCGAAAAAGACGCCGACAUGGAAAUCUCCCACGCGCCCGCCGGCAACGACUCGUCGUCGACGUCGUCCUCCUCCCUGCCCACCAAGACCCGCCCGGCCACGCACGCGACGGCGACGACGACGUACACGGGCGACGGCCGCCCGAGCAUCACCUUCCUGAUCCGGCCGCACAAGGGCAUGACGUCGACCAUCCAGCGCGAGCUCGCGGCCCUCCCCACGCCCACCCACUUCCCGCUCUCGCUGGAGGGCCCGCACGGCCACGCCGCGGACCUCUCCCGCGCGGACGCCAUCCUGUGCAUCGCCGGCGGCAUCGGCAUCACGGCGCUGACGGCGUACACGCAGCACUUCGUCGAGGCGCGGCGCCGGCAGGCCAUGGCCGCCCGCCGCCUGGUCCUCGCCUGGUCCUACCGCGAGAGGGAGCUCGCGCCCGUCGUCCGCGCCUUGCUGCCCGCCGACGCCGAGGCCCUGGGCGUCGUGUUCGUGUGGCGGUGCACGACCGAGGGCGAGCGGGUCGACGUGCCGGCGCUGGUCCAGAGCGAGGCGCAGGCCGCGAAGCGGCUGGCCGUCCUGGUGUCCGCGUCGGGCGGCCUGGCGGACGAGGUGAGGAGGUGGGUCGUGGAGUGUGAGGGCGUGGCCGGGACGAGGAUCCAGCUCCACGAGGAGAGUUUCACGUGGUAG